AAUAGGCACCCGUGUCCUCCCUCAGCUCAUCCUCCAACCCAGCACACGCACCCCUGAGUCUAAGCUUCCUGCGCUUACUCUACACCGUCUCUUCAGACACACACCCAAACCAAGGCACUACUCACACGACUGCUCCAAGUCACUCUCUCUCUCACACUCCCGCUCUACCUACAAACAAACAUGCAGUUCUCAACACUCCUUACUAGUGCCUUGGCAAUCUCAUUCGCCGCUGCUGCUCCCGCCUCAGCAGAUGGCAGCAACUCAUACACCAUCAAGGUGAUCAACCACUGUGCCUUCGACGUCUGGCCAGCACUUGGCAACGACGUCAACUCACCCGUUGAUAUCGCCUACGCCGACUCGGGUUUCCAGCUCUGGCCUGGUGCCGACAAGACCAUCACCAUCCCAAACCUCGUCAACGCUGCUCGUCUCUUUGGUCGCACUGGUUGCGAUGCCAAUGGUCGAAACUGCGCUGUUGGUGACUGUGGCAGCGACAAGUGUCUCAAGAACACGGGUGUACCUGGUGUCACCCUUGCCGAGUUCAGCUGGUCUGCCAUGCGUCUCAUCUUCUACAACAUCUCCCUCAUCUCUGGCUACAACUUGCCCAUGCAAAUCAAGACCGUUGGUGGUGACGCCUGCAAGACAUACACCUGCACUAGCAAAGACUGCUCAGACGACAUGGCAUACCAACCUUGGUCAUCCAAGAACCCAUGCAUCGGCUGCGAUCUGGCACAAAACUACGAAGUCAUCUUCUGCCCCAAGGCUUGAUGUCUCUGAUGCCUCCUUCUUUCUUGCGCUUUUCUCUCUGAAUUCACGGCAUUGG